CCCCAGGAUGGGCAGGGACGCGCCGUGCUGCCCCAAGGAGCCGGAGCGCCGGUGAAGGCGGAGUCGCCGGCCGUCCUCCGCUGCCAUGGCCGGCCCCGGCGCGUGGAAGCGCCUCAAAUCCCUGCUGAGGAAAGACGACACGCCGCUGUUCUUAAAUGACACCAGCGCCUUCGACUUCUCGGACGAGGCGAGCGACGAGGGGCUCUCGCGCUUUAAUAAACUUCGAGUCGUGGUGGCCGACGAUGAUUCGGAAGCCCCGGAAAGGCCUGUGAACGGGGCGCACCCGGCCCUCCAGGCUGACGAUGACUCCUUAUUGGACCAGGACUUACCUUUGACCAACAGUCAGCUGAGUUUGAAGAUGGACCCCUGUGACAACUGCAGCAAACGGCGCGAGUUGCUGAAGCAGAGGAAGGUGAAGACCAGGCUGACCAUCGCUGCUGUCCUCUACUUGCUUUUCAUGAUCGGAGAGCUUGUAGGUGGAUACAUGGCAAAUAGCUUAGCAAUUAUGACAGAUGCACUUCAUAUGCUAACUGACCUUAGUGCCAUCAUACUCACUCUUCUUGCUUUGUGGCUGUCCUCAAAGUCACCAACCAGAAGAUUCACCUUUGGAUUUCAUCGCCUAGAGGUUCUGUCGGCCAUGAUCAGUGUAAUGCUGGUGUAUGUACUUAUGGGAUUCCUCUUAUAUGAGGCUGUGCAGAGAACGAUCCAUAUGAACUAUGAAAUAAAUGGCGAUGUCAUGCUCAUCACUGCAGCUGUUGGAGUUGCAGUUAAUGUAAUAAUGGGGUUUCUGUUGAACCAGUCCGGUCACCACCAUUCUCACACUCAUUCCCACUCCCUGCCUUCAAAUUCCCCAAGCAUGGUAUCUAGUGGACACAACCAUGGGCAGGACAGCUUGGCAGUGAGAGCUGCAUUUGUACACGCCCUGGGGGAUUUGGUACAAAGUGUUGGUGUGCUUAUAGCUGCAUACAUCAUACGAUUCAAGCCAGAAUAUAAGAUUGCUGAUCCCAUCUGUACAUAUAUAUUUUCAUUACUUGUGGCUUUCACAACGUUUCGCAUCAUAUGGGACACAGUAGUGAUAAUCCUGGAAGGUGUACCAAGCCAUUUGAAUGUAGAUUAUAUCAAAGAGUCAUUGAUGAAAAUAGAAGAUGUAUAUUCUGUGGAAGAUUUGAAUAUCUGGUCUCUCACUUCUGGAAAAUCCACUGCCAUAGUUCACAUGCAGCUAAUUCCUGGAAGUUCAUCUAAAUGGGAAGAAGUACAGUCCAAAGCUAAGCAUUUAUUACUGAACACGUUUGGCAUGUACAAAUGCACUAUUCAGCUCCAGAGUUACAGACAAGAAGUGAUCAGAACUUGUGCAAAUUGUCAGAGUUCCAGUACCUGAUUGUAUGUCCUCGGGAUCUACAACCUUGUUUAUCCUGCAGUACAGACUUGAGAGCAAUAAAUACAAACCUAAUGGAGCCCCUGACAGCUGUGUCCAUGUCAAGCACCAGUCUCCCCAAGACAGACUCCGCUCUGACUGAUAUUUGCAUGAUUUUCAGACAAAGAAGUUCCAAAGUACUGUUUACAGAAUGAGCUGUAAUGCUGCAGAUACCUCAUUAGAAGACAAUCCAAGACCAGACUUCAUUAAUUUGACAGAGUACGCAACAUGUACAGGAAGACUCAGAAGUCAGUAUUUGCAUCUAAAAACUACUUUUUUCAGCCUUUUAUAUGAAGUCAGUGCUAGCAAACUCAGUGUUGAACUAUUUGGGAUUUUUGUCUCUGUGUAAUCUUGGCAUCCAGUUUCUGGAAUUGUGUUCUUUUUUUAUAAAAAUUAGCCCUCAGCAGAUUUCAGAAAGUAAUUAUACCCAGAAAAUGGAAUAAGCAUGUA